AUGGGGUCCCUGUUGGUAGACCAGAUUAAAAAGCAAGCAUCUUCUUUUCUACAAGAGAAAUACAAAACUGCUAGGCUGACCUUCACUGAUGUUACUGAAGCUGAAUUGUUGGCUGAAGAAGUAACAACUAAUGAUCCAUGUAGCCCCGAUGCAAGAACAAUGACUAGAAUAGCUGAAGCAUCUUUUGAGAUAGAUGAUUAUUGGAGAAUUGUUGACGUUCUUCAUAGGAGGUUGUAUAGCAUUGAUUGGAAGAGAUGGAGACAAUCCUACAAAUCACUGGUACUUCUUGAGUUCUUACUAACCCAUGGUCCUGAAGAUUUUGCUGCACAAUUUCAACGUGAAACUUAUGUUAUUCAGGAGCUUGGAACAUUUAAUCACACAGAUGAAAAAGGGUUCAACUGGGGUGUCAACAUGAAAAAGAAAUCAGACGAGAUACUUAGGCUUCUGGGAGGAGGGGAGAAACUCAAAGAAGCACGUUUGAAAGCUCUGAGAGUAACCAAAGAAAUCCAAGGAUUUGGAGGUUCAAUGACUUCAUCUCCUUCAUCCUCCACUCCGUCCUCAUCGUCCUCUGAUCAACUGCCCUCACCUGCAAAAGAAUCUCCGGGAAGUUAUUCACAAGGAGGAUUUAUACAUGGUAAGGAGAGUAAUACUACUUUCCCAACUAAAAACAAGAAUGUUGAAGGAUCAGUACACCUUUGGGAUUGCCCUAAAAUUCAAGAAACGGGCUCUUUACUUGAUUCUCAAGAUGUAGAAGAUGGAAAAAUCAGUGGAAUCUGCUCAAAGCUUGUUGGCAGUAGUCCUUCAAGAGAUUAUAAUGACGAGAAAGUUGGAUUUAGGAGCGUUUCUGAUGCUGGGAGGAUGACCAAGAAAAAGUUUGAUCGCCAGUAUUCACUUUGGUAUUGA